UGUUGUUGCGGUUGUUGCAGGGCGCCCCGCCCGGCCCCGCCCCGCAGCGGCACCUCGCGAGGGGACUUCGAUGCACGUCAUGACCGCCGCGGCCGCGACCUGAGCCGCCGCGGCGGGGCGAGGCCCUCGGCGAGGUCCUCGGCGAGGUCAGCCGUCGCGCGCCCCAGGGUUACCGAGGCCGAGGCCGUGGCCAUGGAGGCGGUGGCGGUGGCUCGCCGCCGGAAGGUCAACUUCUCCAAGCGCGAGGUCCGCGUCCUCCUGGAGGAGGUGGAGCGGCUGCGGGGCCCGCUCCUGGGCAUCGGCAGGGACUGCAACAUCGCGCGCCGCGGCCAGCAGUCCAUCGAGCAGGCGUGGGACCACGUGGCGCAGUGCGUGUCCGCCGUGGCGCCCGUGCGCCGCCAGCACCGCGACGUGCGCAAGAAGUGGGCGGACCUCAAGUGGGCCGCCCUGCGCGCCGGCGGCCACGGCGAGGCCACCGACGUCGUGAGCAGGACCAUCCUCAGGAUCAUCCGCGGCGAGGAGACUGGCCUGCAGCAGAAAGGUAGGUAGAGCACAGCGAGCAUGGCUUCGGAGAGGACACCUGCGGAAACUCGGCC